UCCGCCACCCUUCACUUGUCUAUCUUCUGCUUGCUGCCUUCGUGCUGCCGCUCUCUGUGCUUGUGUGCGUGAAGUGGGGUCAGCCAUGAGAGCGCUAGCAGGAGCAAGGCUUCUUGCUUGGUCAUGGCUGGCGGUACUGCUGCUGCCGGUGGUGGUGCAGCUGGCUGGAGCCUCCCAUGUCGUCUACGAGGAAGAGAAGCUCGCGGUGGAGGCGGCGGCGGUGCCGCCGUCCAUCGUCCACCCGCUGCUGAGAACCGGCUACCACUUCCAGCCUCCCAAGAACUGGAUCAAUGAUCCCAACGCUCCGUUCUACUACAAGGGGUGGUACCAUUUCUUCUACCAGUACAACCCCAAAGGCGCUGUAUGGGGCAACAUCGUAUGGGCGCACUCGGUCUCACGCGACCUCAUCAACUGGAUGGCAUUAGAGCCGGCGAUCAAGCCCAGCAUCCCCUCCGACAAGUACGGCUGCUGGUCGGGCUCGGCGACGACCAUGCCCGACGGCACGCCGGUGAUCAUGUACACCGGCAUCGACCGCCCCAACACCAACUACCAGGUCCAGAACGUCGCCUACCCUCGGAACAAGUCCGACCCGCUGCUCCGGGAGUGGGUGAAGCCGUCCUACAACCCGGUCAUCGUGCCGGAAGGCGGCAUCAACGCGACGCAGUUCCGCGACCCGACCACGGCCUGGCGCGCCACCGCCGGCGGCGACGGCCACUGGCGGCUGCUCAUCGGCAGCGUGAGGACGACGACGACGACGGGGGCCACGGCGCCGCCCCGGGGCGUGGCGUAUGUGUACCGGAGCCGCGACUUCAGGCGGUGGACGCGGGUCCGGCGGCCGCUGCACUCGGCGGCGACGGGGAUGUGGGAGUGCCCGGACUUCUACCCGGUGAGCAGCGACGAGGACGGCCGCCGCCGGCGCGUGGGGCUCGAGACGUCCGUGCCGUCGGGCGCAAGGGUGAAGCACGUGCUCAAGAACAGCCUCGACCUGCGGCGGUACGACUACUACACCGUCGGCACGUACGACCGGGACGCCGAGCGGUACGUGCCGGACGACCCCGCCGGCGACGACGACGGCGAGCGCCGCCUGCGGUACGACUACGGCAACUUCUACGCGUCCAAGACGUUCUACGACCCGGCGAAGCGGCGGCGGAUCCUGUGGGGCUGGGCCAACGAGUCCGACACCGCCGCCGACGAUGUCGCCAAAGGGUGGGCCGGGAUUCAGGCGAUUCCGAGGACGGUGUGGCUGGACCCCAGCGGGAAGCAGCUGCUGCAGUGGCCCGUCGAGGAGGUAGAGGCGCUCAGAGGCAAGGCGGUCACUCUCAAGAACAGGGUAAUCAAGCCAGGACAGCACGUCGAGGUGACCGGGAUACAAACAGCACAGGCUGACGUGGAGGUGAGCUUCGAGGUGUCGCCGUCGGCCCUGGCGGGAGCGGAGCGGCUGGACCCGGCGCUCGCCGACGACGCCGAGAGGCUGUGCGGCGUCAAGCGCGCCGACGUGAAGGGCGGCGUGGGUCCGUUCGGGCUGUGGGUGCUGGCCUCCGCCAACCUCAAGGAGAGAACCGCGGUGUUCUUCAGGGUGUUCAAGGCCGCCGCCGGCAGCAGCAACAACAAGCCCGUCGUGCUCAUGUGCACCGACCCUACCAAGUCGUCUCUGAACCCAAACCUGUACCGCCCGACAUUUGCCGGUUUUGUUGACACGGACAUUUCAAAUGGGAAGAUAUCGCUGAGAAGCUUGAUCGACCGCUCGGUGGUGGAGAGCUUUGGAGCCGGGGGCAAGACGUGCAUCCUGUCCAGGGUCUACCCGUCGCUCGCCAUCGGCAACAACGCGCGCCUCUACGUGUUCAACAACGGGAAGGCGGACGUCAGGGUGUCCCGUCUCACUGCAUGGGAGAUGAAGAAGCCACUCAUGAAUGGCGCAUGAAGUAUAGCUAGGAUCGAUCGAGCUUCCACUGUGUCCUUUUCUAUAAUAAUGAACUUGUGAGGUAGCAAGUUGUCUGCAAA